UCAAGGGACGCUAUGCCAAUAACUCAGGUGUGAUAACUGGUGUCUCCGAUUAUAACAAGCGAGCAAUGUCAUCUCUACCCACCAAACUAAAAGACCCUCGAACAUGUCGGAUAUUUUUCUCCUCCCCUUUUGGAGGAAUGGAGGAGGAGCGCGAGGAGCUAACGCGGAAAUACUUCCCCCAGAUUCAUCACCUGUGCAACUCGCGGGGAAUUCAAUUUGUGGCUGUGGACAUGAGAUGGGGAAUCACGUCGGAGGCGGCUGAGAACGCCCAGACUGUCAGCAUUUGCCUAAGAGAGCUGGACAGAUCAGAUAUGUUCGUCGGCUUCUUUGGCCAGCGGUAUGGUUGGUUUGGCAAGAAUGAUGAAGCACUCCAAAAGAACAUUGAGAAGGCAAUCCUGCGGUACCCCUGGCUGGAUGGUCACCGUGGCAAGAGUGUGACGGAGAUGGAGUUCCUCCACGGACACCUCAACACACCAGGUUCCAUGCCAGCCAUCAUCUGCUUCAGGGAUAAGAGUUACGAUGACAUGAAGAGAACAGAGGGUGAGACCCUGGGGAAUAAAAAACAAGUUUUCAAGUUCUCUGCUGAGAGUUCAGAAUCUGUUCAACUCAUGGAUGAUCUGAAACAAAGAGUUGAAAAAACCAGAGACAAGACUCUUGGAGUUCAGAUGAGUUACAGUAACCCUGCACAGGCUGCAGAGUUCAUGUUUACUUGUGUGUGGGAACACCUCAACAAAGUGCUGCUGGCGGACUUGUCCAGCUCUCAGUCCCCCCGAGAGAAGUCCAAGGCACAUCAUGAUGCCUUCGCUGCCAGUCGGUCGAAUCUGUAUGUGGGUGGUGAGAAGUACUUCCAGUAUCUGAAGGAGAAUGUGAUAGAUGCAGAGGACAGUCCAAGGAUCAUGGUGUGCGGCCCAGCAGGGAGCGGCAAGUCAGCCCUACUGAGCAGCUGGAUACCCAAGCUGCGACAGGAAGAGAGAGGAUUGAUUGUUGCCUAUCACUUCAUUGGGUGUGCACCUGGCAGUGAUUCACCCUUGGAGAUCUUGAAGCACCUGAAGGAUGAAGUGGCGUUUGGUCUGUCUGGAGAAGAGAACAGCUCCACAACAGAGAAGUCUGGAGGGAAGACUGUGCAGGAGAUGAUGCAGCUCUUGCAGCAGACGCUGGAGCAGGCGUCAUCACAGACGCGGAAUGUUCUCAUCAUCAUUGAUGGAUUGGGCAAGGUCAAGCUGUCAGCCAGGGCCCAGAAGCCUUUGUACUGGCUCCCUCUGAUUUCUUCUAAAAGAGUGAAAGUGGUUGUAUCCAUCAAAGACACUGACACCAAAUCACUGGAGGUGUUGAAGGAAUCAGGGUACAAGAAGAUGCAGAUAGAACCUCUGAGUGAACCCCACAGGAGAGAGAUCUGUAAGAGAACCUUGGAAGUAAGCGGCAAGGAGUUGUCUCAGUCACAAAUGGACCGAGUUGUAUCAGCAGAACAUAGCCAGAAUGCCUUGUUCCUCAAGAUCGCCAUUUCUGAGCUGUCUGUGUUUGGCUACUUCCGUCAGCUGGACGAGAAGAUAGACUCCCUCAUCAAAUGUGAUGGGGUUGGAGAGCUGUUCCAGGAGUAUCUGUCACGUCUUGAAAGGGACUACAAUGUCCAAGACUACGAGGGCAACCUUGUCCAACAGGUGAUGAUGGCGCUGAUGGUGUCGCAUGAGGGUCUGUCUGAGAAUGAGCUGAUGGAGAUCCUGCACAUCCCCAACCAUGUCUGGUCCCCACUCUACUUUGCCAUGGAAACCUACAUUCUGGAUAGGUCUGGAGUGCUGGGUUUUGCUUUUGAAGAAUUGAGAGAUGCUGUCAGUUCAAGAUACAUGAAGAGCCAGAAAGACAGGAUUACUGCAACAAAACCAGUCAUUGACUACUUCAAUGCCAAAAGAAAGAAUUUUCACAACUUCACUGACAUGAUGGCCAAGGACACAAGGCGAACAACAAACGAGUUGCCAUGGUUACACAAAGACAUUGAGGACUGGGAAGGACUGGCCAUGGCUUUGUCUGAUUUGUAUAUAUUUAGUAGACUGCACAGGGAGCGAGAGUAUGACCUUUUGGAGCUGUGGAAGGACACAAAGUUGUCCUUCAACACUGUGGCAUCCAUGUACAUGGACAGCAUGGACCGAUACAUUGCCGACAGAUACCUGCUGAUACAGGAACACCUGGAGGAGGAGGCGCCCCCUGGUCUUCUGUUGCUGGAGGUUCUGACAGGAAUAUCCAAUUUCCUCAACCUGGCAUCAUGUGUAAAGGGGAGAGAAAAUGUUAUCCGGCGACGCCUCAACAUACUGGAGAAUGUGAAGGGGAAAAAAGGCAUGUCACCUGAUAAGAAUGUUGCAGAGACCCUGGAUACACAGCUCUCCCUGGCCAACCUCCUGGUGGACAUUGGCCGCUAUGAAGAGGGAAUACAGCUACACACCAGUGUCAGGGACCGCUGUCUAAGAAUGCUGGAUGAGGAGGGUCAACAAGAGACUUUGGAAGUGCUUCAAGCUACCUCUCUCAGUGGCAUUGGCAUGGCUUACUUGUUACAAGGGAUGACAGAAAAGGCCUUUGAAGCUUACAAUGAAUCUUUGGAGUUAUACAGAAAGUGGAAUGAAGAGAGCAGUGUCUUAACCUGCAUGCAAAACUUGGGAUAUUUAACCAUGAACCAAGAGAAGUAUGAGGAGGCCAUUAAGAUAUUUGAAGAGUGCAUGAAGGGCCUGGAGAAGAUUCACUUCGGAAGCACAUACCAUGAGCUGGGAAACUUGAUGACCAACAUCGCAUUGUGUUACCGUCGUCUCAAGCGACUUGAUGAUGCAGAGAAGAUGUACUCAAGGUCUUUGGAAAUGAAGGCAGCAGCAGUUGGCUGGGAACACAUCAAUGUGGCAAUGGCUUAUGGCAACCUGUCAGCGUUGGAGCUUUAUCGGGAAAAACCAGACUACCAGAAAGCCUUGGAAUACAGCAAUAAAACCAUUAGAAUAUAUGAGCUAAAUGAGGUGUCAGAGGACGACUUCAAUUACCGGAAGCUCCUGGAGAACCAUGCAAUAAGCCUGUAUCAUUUGGAGAGGCAUGAUGAGGCUGUGACGCUGUACCUCCAUGUCCUUGAUAUCCUUGUUCGCAACAAAGUUGUCCACCAGCGUCUGAAGAAAGCUAGUAAAGACAUAGUGCAGUACCUAUUCAACAACCAGAAGUAUGCCGAGGCAGAACGGAUCCUGCUGGUGCUCCUGGAGCAUGACCCAGACCCUGUCUCCUACUUCAUCCUUGACUUCCUGGAUAUCCUCCAGCCCCGGGAGCAGCCACGCCCACAACACCUGACCCUGGAUCAUGCACUUACCAUCUGGCCUGGUGAUGCCACAUUGUGUCAGCAGAAGGCGGUGAAGCAUCUGAUCCCGGGCGGCGCCACGGAGGAGCUGCUGCAGCUGCUUCCCACCAUGAUUAACGCCGACUACAACACCGCAGUGUACAAUGCUGCGGCAAAAUGGUGCACCGAUGCAGGCAGAGACGACAUGGCUGUUGAGGUGCUUGAAGCUGGCCACAAAGCGUACCCAGACCAUAUUGCCUAUGAGACUCAGUUGAUUGACUUGCUGAAUAAGCUGAAGCGUUAUCCUGAAGUCCUGGUGCACUCCAAGAAUGUGUUGGAGGUAGAGAAGGACAAUGCUGCUCUGUUCUUGGUGUCUGGCUACGCCUAUCUGAUGUGUGGCGACAUAGAGACUGCCAAGCAAACACUCACCAAGGUCCUCCACAUGAAUGAUGAACGCCUAGCUGCCAUGGCUAAGGACUUGUUGAAUAAGUUGUCAAAUCUGAUGGCAGAGUCAUCUGAUGCUCAAGAAGCCAGUAAGGAGAAUGUUGAAUAAGAACUGAAGCUGGAGGAUAUGGGGAGUAUUCAGAAAUGUCAGCUGAAGCAGAGAGGAAGGCAUGAGAUGAAAGUGUCGUCAGACAGAAGAAGUAGCUCUGUACAUUUUCAACAGGAGAGUCUGCCAAAGUCAAUUUAGAGACAGUCUUUUGCAUAAGCCAUAAACUUUAUUGGUCUCUUUAAUAAGCUGUACUUUUUGCAAAAAGAUGCUAUCCUUGUUUAUUUUAGAAACAGUUUAGAAUACAGUAUCUGCCUUAUUGUUAUCAAUCAAAUCUUGUGCACAGUGAAUUUUUGAAUAUCAUUCUAUUCAUUUCUUUUGUCAUACAUUUUGAAGAAGUCAGUAAGAUGUCAGAUUGAAAUGUGUUAAGUUUGUAAGUAUUAGAUUUAGACUAUUUAGGAUAAAUUAAAGAGAUAACAAUUAACACACAUUUUAAAAAAUCUGAACUCUUGUUAUAAAUUUACAAUUUUGCCAACAGAUAUCUGAUAUUGUUUUGUGAUUGAGAGUCAUUGAAACAUGUUCAUUAUGUACCUCCUGCAUCUUGACAUACUGACCAGUAAACUCUUAUACCAAACUGAGGCCAGGCCAGUUUAAGCUCUUGUUUUAUGGACAUAUUUGUAAAACAACAAAGUAAAGUGGUCUGGCCUUAUUAAAUCAGGGAUUGUUACAUUUGUUUAUUUGUAUGUGUUGUAUUGUACUACGCAAUAAUGUUGUGUUUGUUUUGGGAGGAAUUGGUGACACCUUGUUAGACAAAGCUGUGUGGCUUAUGCAGGAAUCACAAUUAUUCAUGUUCGAUAUUUCCAGCUUAUACUAUGUCAGUGUCUAUAAAAUGCUGUUUGCAAUAAUUAUACAGAAUGCUGAUAAUUGUUUUGAAGGAUGGCAUUACUCCUGUUAUUCUGAUCUUUGACACAGGCAUAGGUAACUGAAGUUUGUGAAGUAUAGUCCUGCACCAAGCAAGUCUCAGCCAGCCCAAGCUAGCUCUAUUCCACAGUCAUGUCAUUUUGGGGAGACGACCAGUCGAAAUAGUGACCAGUAAUUAAGUCCCUUCCUUAUCAUAUCAGAGAAUCUUGUUCAGAUGACAGCCUAGCACUGGCUUUGCUCCCAUCUAGUUUACUGUAACAAAAUACAGCUGGGGCAGUGGUGAGAGGCGUAAAUGGGGUGGGAGUGGUGGUACUGAGGGGAAUACCAGGGUGACCGGGGAUGGCUGAUCUCCACACAUGUGGUUAUCAUGAAUCUGACACACUGCUGAACUGAACAAAGGACUGAUGUUGUGUUUUAAGUAUGGGAAGUAUGGGCUGCUUUCGGUAAGCGUUUGCUGCAUACCCUUUAUUUAACUACAUGUAUAACUGUUGGUAUGGAAGGUAAUGCUAUUGACGAAGCUGUAUGGUUUGGAAAGCAACAGUUACAUAUUGAUCACUUCAGGAAUCAUCAAAGACAAGUGAUUGUAAGUUACCUCAGAGGAAGGGAUGUCCUUUUUCGUUCUCCAACAGGAACAGGAAAAUCACUUACUUUUGAAAUAGCACCAUUUGUGUUUAAGAAACUUAGAACUCCAACCAUGCUACUGUGAUUGUUAUUUCACCCUUGGUGGCACUAAUCACGAAACAAACAGAGAAGUGUUAAUCUAUUGGAUUGAAAUCUGUUUAUUUGACGGGUCAACAUGACCCUACUCAUGAUGAUGAUGAUCUUGUACAUGUAAUGGGCCAAAUAUCAAUUUAGGAUAUUCAAUCUGGUGACAUUGACAUAAUAUUUGCAAGUCCAGAGACAGUUCUUGGAACACAGCGUGAUGUCAUUCAAGACCUGACUAAAGAGAAGAUUUUGAAGGCAAUUUUCAUUGAUGAAGCACACUGCAUUGAAAAUACAUUGUACUAAAGUUGCCCUGUCAAUCAAUUUAUAUUUCUUUAUUGAAUAGGCUGCAGGUAUAUAGUUAUAAGAUAUUAUUUCAAAGUAGUAUAUUAAAAUAGAGUAUACCAUGUAUGCAUCAAAGCAUAAUAAAUAAACAUUGACAGUUGUAGAAUUCCUCAGUGUCUGUUUGCACCCAUUACCAGUAAUGUCCUUUGUACAUAUGUAGCAGACAUUCCAUGCAGGGUCGUUAAGAAAGUGAGAUUUCCAGACAAACAGGAAUUCUCAGUAAACAUUGAAACCUCAUUAAUCCAGACAGGAGCAUUCCCAAUUAUAUCAUCCAUAGGGUUCAGAGCAUUAAUCAUUAAGGGCGAAUGCAGUAUUAUUAAAGGGGGGUCCAACAUCAAAAUCUUCUCUCAGUGUGGAGGGUGGGGGAUUGACUACAACAUACAUUUGUUUUUUGAUUCCCCUAUGGGUGGUCCAUAAGGUGAGGUUUCCAUAUUAAUGUGUCUGGACAAACAAGGUUUCACUGUAUGUAAUUAGAGCUCAAGUCAAACCCAAGAGGAAGUUUCUUUACGUACCAUCCACUUCAGUAUUUUAGGGGGAAGGAUGUUAUCAUGUUACUUCAAACAAUGAUUAAUGCAUGCCGUAAUAUUUACAUUGUUUUACACCUAACUUUAUACAGUCUUUUAUCACAUACAAAUAUUAGUUAUGUUUACGCUGUUAUUUCUUAUUACUUUAUUUACAAGUAUGUUUCAAUUAUAUUUAUACUAGUGACUGUUAAAAAUAUCUCUUCUUACUUUGCACUGUUGUUCAUGUCAUAAGUGCCUUGACAUUUAUAUAUUUCUGAACUUGUUAUUUUACAUUGUACUCUUUGCAUACAUAAGAACCUUUUUGUGACUUUUAUGUGUUUUGUCCAUAGAAACAGAGUUAGAUUUAUUUGAGAGUUUACCAGUUACUAAAAACAUUUUUUUCAACAUCUGACCAAAUUAAAUGGGAAAAUUUGAUGAUGAUUAUUAACUCGCCAUCAAUGGUCAGUGUCAAAUAUUCUAUAUUCUGUUCCAUGUUCUGAGAAGUAUUUUCAAUAUUCUGAAACAGGUAAAAUAACAAAAUACAUUCCUCGACAACGGUAUUUAAUUGCCUUCUUCAGGUUGUUUUGAUGUCCUCUUAAUUUGUAUGGAUAUUAUAUAUCACAUCCAUGACAUGUUUUACUUCUUACUCUUGCAUCAAAAUGUAGCGGAUGUUUUUCUAAGUAAAUACACAA